AUGCUCGCAAAAUGCCCCAAGCCAAAGGAGGACAAGAUAUCAGUGAUCCAAGUGAACGGACGAACUUACCACACGCUCGAACUGGUUAGCAAAAGGGGACCUAGCAAGGUGUUCAUGGUGCUGGGUGAGCACCAGGGGCUAAGAGCGGUGCAGCUGAUCAGUCUUGAAGGCGUUGAACCUAAGGUCACCGUGGCGUUGCUGUGCCAGGUCAGGACCUUGAAGAUGCUGCGCGACUGCAGGCGCGUUGUCAUCCUUUAUGAUUUCGAGUACGACCACGAGAGGAGUCUUCUUAAGCUGGUGAUGGAGGCUGGGGUCAACGACCUGACAUCGGUGAUUCGCUCUCGCAUGAAGGAGUCCCUUAACAUCCUGGCGGUCAAGUUCUACUGGUCAGAGAUGCUCCAAGCCGUGCUCGAAAUCCACAACAAGGGAGUCAUUCCCUCUAACCUGGAGCCAGCCAGAUUCCUGUUUGUCAAUGGAAAGCUGAAAUUGAUUGGUUUUUGCAUUGCAGACCUCAUGCAGGCUGACACAACCAGCGUCAUGGAGGAAUCGCCAAUUAACUCCCUGAAUUUCAUGUCCCCGGAAUCUAUCACCAGGAUGCCUGGACAUGGCACCGGCGACUGGGAGCUGAUCAGCACGCGGCCGUACAUCUGGUCCCUGGGGUGCAUCUUGUACAGCCUGGUGUACGGCCACGCACUCUUCCAGCACAUAGUGGCACGGGACGACAAGCUACGUGCCAUCAUCAACUCGAAGUACACCAUCCCGUUUUAUCCCUUGGUCAGUCCCAGCCUCCUAGACGUCCUGAAGCAAUGUCUGCGGCGGAAUGUCAGGGAAAGGCCCACAAUCAACGAACUACUUCGACAUCCUUUCCUGGCCGAAAAUCACGGCCUGUUGAAGCCCUGGAGAAAUUAAAAUCGGAAGUCAAUGUUCAGCGAGAUUAAGAACAUGUCUCCGGACAGCGUGAAGAAAG